AGAGUUUUGCGUUCCAAAGAAUACACACACGUACAAUCGUUCUGCAGCGAAUAACCAGCAAUACCAGCUGCAUUUUGUGUGUUGUGUUCUUCUGAUUGUGCCGCUACGUUGUGUGUCGCGCUUUCGCAUCUUAUCGAUUCAUUUCCGCAAAGAUGAUUCAGUUUCUUUUGCUCAUGAGCCGCCAGGGAAAAAUACGGCUGGCAAAGUGGUACGUGACGCUCUCGCAGAAGGAGCAGGCGAAGAUUAUCCGCGAAGUUAGCCAGGUCGCUCUAGGCCGCUCGAUCCGGCUAUCGAACGUGUUUGAGGUGGAGGGGCGCAAGUACAUCUGCCGCCGCUACGCCUCCCUCUACUUCAUCGCCUGCAUCGAUAAGACGGACAACGAGCUCAUCACGCUCGAGGUUGUGCAUCACUUCGUCGAGGUGCUGGACCAGUACUUCGGAAACGUGUGCGAGCUAGACCUCAUCUUCAACUUCCACCGCGCGUACUUCAUCUUGGAUGAGGUGAUUCUCGGAGGGGAGUUGCAGGCGAGCAACAAGCGAUCGACGCUGGUCUACGUGGAUCGCCUCGAUGUUACAGCCGAGCGCAGCGAGGCGAAGAUGGACGGCGGCUCGCUGGUGGACCAGGUCACGAACGCCAUCAGGGGCUUGUAA